GGCGCCAGACGCAAGAAAUGUGAUGACACUGAGCAGAAAGGAGAGGACCCUUCGGGUAUGUUAAAACAUUGUGUGUGUGGCUGUUAUAUCUAUCUUUGGGAAGCCUAGUAACAAUUCUCCUAACAAGACAUUCCUUCUUCUAUAACUUUAAUAAUAGGUUUCUGUUCAUUUUUUACCAGGAAGGACACAUUCAGAUUUCUCUGGUUUGAUUGCUUCCUGCAGAGUUUGUACAAAAUAUACAAUGUUGACAUUUCUGGGACAUUAGAUUGCAGAGUUAAUAUUUUGGGGAAGGUAGAUCCAUUUGUAUAUAUUCAGACGCCGUUUCCAUCUUGUGAGUCUCUUCUAACCCCCUUACCCAUUGUAUCCCCCCACCCAUAAUGCACUACUGUCUUAGUCCAGAAAAGAUCUGGAAUGUUCCCAUUCUUUUUAAUGACAAUGCUAAGCAUAUCCCAUAAACUCAGCAGGUGUAUGUAGUUCAGCACUUGGCAGUAGUUUCAUUCACUAAUAGUCAUGAAGAAACUGUUUAUUGAGCUGCGUACUCCAUUGAUGUUUAUAACUCAAUGGAACCAGUGGUUGCCUCUCAUUUGUAAACAUAACAAAUGCUCCCCCCAAGAAAUGUAAUUUAAGUGCAUUUCGAUAUCAAUAUUUAUAUAUUGCUAUCAAAAUUUAUGUAAAAUUAAAUUACAUAUAUAUAAAGUAUAUAUUUACAUAUUAUUUUUACAUAAUAAUGUGAUUUUAUUGAUUAUAAAUUGGGGGACCUGCCUGACAACCCAGGCAGAAAGUCCAGUGAAUUCAAUUUACAAGCCCUAUAUUUAACCUUGUAACUUUCCAAAACACCGUAAAACCUGGACAUGGGGGCUACUGUUGUACUUGUGAGACUUGGCUGAAAACAAAUACGUAUGUUUUAAAAGAGUAAAUUAUUUAAUGACGAUGAUAUCAUCAGUGAAAAUGCAGCUUUUCUGUGACAAAUGCAAAUGUUUGGACAGGGUUUGUGACUAAGUGGCUCCUAAAAGAUUAGAUUUACCCCAUUUGCAAAACCCUGGGUUGUCUACGUUUGCAAAUGGUUUGCCAUGAUGGGGGUAAUUCUCAUUCCUGGCCUGCCAUACUGCCUUAAAGGCAACUAAACCAACAAAUUUCAAGGUGCAAAAACUGCAAAGGGGGAAGUACUAUAUGUAACCCUGUAACUUUCCAAAAAUCCAUAAAACCUGUAUAUGGCUAAACAUAAAUAUGUGCAUUUUAUUGCACUAAAAGUUAACAGUAUUAUGACAUUUAAAGGUAAAAUGCCACAGAGAACUUUUUAAUUUCUCAAACUUUUUUUUUUUUUUUAUUCAUAUUAAAUUAUGUUUCAUACAUAAAUAGUUUAUUUUUGUGAAAUGAAAACCCUCUUUCUCUUGAACAAAAUUGUAUGUAAUACGUGUGGGUGCACUUAAUAUGAAAGAUGUAAGCUAUGGUUAAACAAUAUAUAUCUCAAAUUCAAGGUUUUGUUUUGAACAGAACUUGGAGAACUUCCUCCAUCCUUAAAGGACCACUAUAGUGCCAGGAAAACAUACUCGUUUUCCUGGCACUAUAGUGCCCUGAGGGUGCCCCCACCCUCAGGGUCCCCCUCCCGCCCGGCUCUGGAAGGGGGAAAGGGGUAAAAACUUACCUUUUUCCAGCGCUGGGCGGAGAGCUCUCCUCCUCCUCUCCGCCUCCAUUACGCCCCGCCGGCUGAAUGCGCACGCGCGGCAAGAGCUGCGCGCGCAUUCAGCCGGUCUCAUAGGAAAGCAUUUACAAUGCUUUCCUAUGGACGCUGGCGUGCUCUCACUGUGAUUUUCACAGUGAGAAGCACGCAAGCGCCUCUAGUGGCUGUCAAUGAGACAGCCACUAGAGGAUUAGGGGGAAGGCUUAACCCAUUCAUAAUUAUAGCAGUUUCUCUGAAACUGCUAUAAGUAUGAAAAAAUGGGUUAACCCUAGAAGGACCUGGCACCCAGACCACUUCAUUAAGCUGAAGUGGUCUGGGUGCCUAGAGUGGUCCUUUAAGGGCUUAAAAGAUAUAGGACAAGGCAGGGAAUAAUAUUAUGUUGUAGUUAUAAUUAUCAGAAGACAAAAGCAGGGAUAGGGAAACUUUGGGCACCAAAACAUUUGAGAGCACAUAACAUAUUAUGGUACAUGAAGUGUCUGAAUAAAAGUGUAUGUAUUAAAAGAUCCUAUAAUUUGUCAUGUUGCCUUGAACAAUAUUGUCUGUCUACAUUGUGAUUUGACUACUGUCUUUUUUAUUAUUAUUUAUAGAGUGUCCAAUUACUCCAAACUCUCCUAAAAUUGCCAAGGGCUCAGCUGUAAAUGGUAGUUUUUCCUCAAUCGAUCUGAACUCUCCUAAACGUAUCGUAUUGGCAGCUAAUAGCGGGUCAUCAAAGGACAUCCCUAAACAUGUAGCUCAACCGGAUAUUGAUAAAGUUAGGGAGCAGAUCAAACAGGAAAUUAGAAAAGAACUUAAAAUUACAGCAGGAGCCAGAAACAUGGUAAAGGCUACAACCAAGAAAAAACAUCUUGCAAAAGUCAACAAGUUUCUCAAAACAUCACAAAGAAAACUGGAUGAUCUUUACAUUAAACUUCAAGAGCGCAAUGCGCAUAUUGUUGUGCCAGACGCAGAAGGUACAUUCCAAGACUUUGUGUUUCCUUGUAAUGAGUGUGUGUAUGUGCUUGUUUAUUGUAAAUAUAUUUCAAUCAUUUCCUGGAGAACAUGGAUAAAUACUAUGUUACGCAUCCAACAUGUAAAUGUAACCUACAGAUAUAUAGAGGAAGCAGUACUGUUUUUCUUUUUCUUUUUCAUUUUAUAAUCAGGUGGAUGUUUUAGAGACUUCAAACAGCAAAUCGUAACUUUGGAUCAGUUACUGCACUCGUGAUGUGCUGUAUGAGAUCGUAGACUGACUUAUAGAAAAGAUCACUUACUGAGCAUCAGAUCAGCCACAUUAUACAGCGUGAAAACGUGCAGAAUAAAAUAAAUACUGGCUGAGGAAAGCUUAGCCUUGUUAGUUUUACAGAAACAUAAAACAAAAAUUUGCAGCUUCUCCAGCUAGCUCUGUUUAGAUGGGAAAUCUCUCACCCAAACCUGGUAAUUGCAUUAUUCCCUAUGAGAGCCUAUAUGGGGGGGUUUGUGAAAACACACAGAGUUACAAUGUGGCUUAUAGAAUGACCCCAUUUAUGUCGUGACUGGCUAUAAUAAUGGCAAUCUCACUGGCAUAUAUAGAAGCUGGAAUAGUUAGUGGAUGAGUUUAUGACGUGACACCUCAAAGAGAAUACUGUUCAUACCGUCCCGUUAUGAUGUCAUCAAGCACGGGGGAUGUUUAGCUGCAGUGAUUUUUGUUGUUUUUGUUGAUUUUCUGCUGCUCUCAGGUUUUGUGUAAAUUACAAUAUCUUUACUUACAGAUGUUACUGUUAUUGCCUUUUUUAUUUAUUAAGUGAAACUGUCUGCCGACAUUUCUAAAUUCUGUAUUUUUUUUUCUUGUUACUAAUUUCCGUGAUGUCCAGAGAUGUCAGCUGUUCCUAAAGAUGACACCAGCUCCCAGGCACAUAACGUGAAGCUGACUGCUUUGCAGAAACAGCUAAGCAUUGAGCUGAAGGUGAAACAUGGAGCAGAGAUAAUGGUCGGUGCAUAUUCAAAUGGGUAUUCCAAAGUAAGUUGGUUAUAUUUAAAUAAGAGACAGAAAAAAUUCUUUAAACUUUUUUUUUUGGUGUGGGAGUGGUGGAAACACAUUGUACAAUGCAUAAUUUUUUUCAGCCCAACAGCAUUUUAUCUGAUUUAAGCUAAUAGUAUGUUGGUGAUAUUUGUUCAUGGAAUCAAGAGAUGCGAUAGAAACUAAAUUUCCAUGAGUUUGCCGACACCAUCUCAACUAUUUAGUUGAAGGCACAAGCUUUUCUUGAUCGGCCAUUAAUUAUUUUUAAUAUUUCUAAUUGGAAAGCAUGCAACAUCUGGGUGAAAAUCAUUGUUUAAGGGGUAAUAAUUAGAUCAAAACAUAGUCCAUGUCUGUCCCGGGGUGUGAGCAGUCAGGGCUUAUUUCCUAGAAUAGGGUAAUUGAGGCUACACUUCUUCAUACAUCUCACUCAAUUAUCUGACUAUUCUUAUUGCUGUUACAGAAUGUCAAACAUCUUACUGCUGUCCAGAAAAUACUACAAGACAGCGAGAACAAAAUAGACAGUUUACGCAACUUAAUUCUGGAAGAAACAUCUAUCAUUAAAGGUAAAGGUUCAGUAACCUCAUAUGUAGUUUAAAAGAAGAUUUAUGGGUAACAAUGAAAACUGUUCAAAAACGGUUUGACUACUUAUAAUGGGAUCCAGGGCACUCCUGGCACCAUAACCACUACUGCAAGAUAUAACUCUCUUACAGGAAGGUCUGAGAGAGCGGUGUAUAUCCCGUAGACCUCUAUACUCCAAGGGUUUGUGAGGAAAUGUACAGAUUAUUAUUAAUGUUAUUAUAUGUAUAGCACCAGGAAAUUCUGCAGCGCUUUACAGUGGGUGGACUAACAAACAUGUAAUUGUAACCAGACAAGUUGGACACACAGCUACAGAGGGGUUGAGGGCUCUGUACGAUGAGCUUACAUUCUAGAGGGAGUGGGGUAAAGUGACACAAAAGCUAAAGGAAGUAUAGGGAAGUAAUGACAGUUGUAGGAGAGGAAUCAGUCGGGAGCUGCUAACAGUUUAACUGUGGGCUUUUAAUGAUUUUUUUGAAGGAGUGGAGACUGGGUGUGCGUCUAACGGAGAAGGGAUGGGAGUUCCACAGGAACAGUGUAGCCCUAGAAAAGUCUUGAAGGUGAGCAUCAGAGGUGGGAGUACGGACUGAAGAUAGACGUCCUCUUAGAACUGGGAGCAAAGGGAGUUAUACCAACACGCAAAUACAUUUUAUAUUAUUUACAAAACAUAUAUCUUAGACAUCUGUACAUGAGCCGGUUAAAGCAUUGGGAAUGUUACUGCCUUAGAACUGGGAGACCAAGGUUUGAAUCCUGGUUUAGACCUUGCCAGUAAGUGUCUGUGGGUAGGAUUAAUUACUGAAUGGAUGUACGUUGAGCAGAAACUUCAUCAAACCUAAAUAUCCCCUUUCUAUAAUUGUAAACCACUGCAGAAUAUGUUGGUGCUAUAUAAGGGAUAAUAGUAAUAUCCUGAAAUAAUUUGCAAAACAUUUUACAAGAUAAAUUCUUGUUAGUCAGUCCCUUUAAAAAAUAGCUUUUAUAUCAAAUAGUUCACUGAGAGAUAUUAAAACUUACAUAUUAAGGUGGCGAUCAAAGCCUGACUUAGUGUAAAGCAAACAUACAUUCUGCUGGGUGCUUUAAGCCAUUUAUAUCAAAUCAAGAUCAGUGACCAGAAUAUUGUCAGAGAAACUAAUGACAGACACCUACCUGCGUCUGGAAAAAUUCAGAAAUCUAUGUUCACCUAGAAACAAAUAGAUGGAAAACACACUUCCUGAGUCUCAUGCCAACACACCAGUCGGGAUGGUCAUCAAUGCAGACAUGAGAGGGACUUGCAGGUGCUCCUCCAAGGUAACAAAUGUGUAAAAUUCCAAAUAGUGACCUUUGGGUUGAUAGGUUCUGGGAGCAUAAUGUCUUCUUUAAGGACAUAUCAAAGCUUCUGAAUAUAAAGAGCAUUAAAAUAUAUAGAGAUAUAAUGAACAUUCUAAAAACAAGGCAGCUCUAUGAUUAACAUGACAUGUUCAUAUGAAAGAAAACCACCUAUGGUCCUUUAAAUGGACAAUUCUUAAAUGUUCUCCGAUGAGAGCUGAAUUACUGCAAUAGUCUCCUUCGAGAAAGGCAACUUCAAAUGUGCCCAGCACUGUGAAUUUAUUCGCUAAGCAUUGUGGAAUAUCAUAUUCCAAAUGUUGACAGGCAGGUGAUGCAUGCGCAUCAAUUCUAACAGCCAUCCUGCAGGGGUUGCAUGCUUCAUUUCAGCUAUACGGUAUAUAAACAGGAUAUAUAUCUAUUGAACAUUUAUUGUGUCCCCUCCAAUACUACUGACAUUAUUAGUUUAUACAUAUAUGAGUUAUACAUAAUAUUAUGGGUUUACAUAUAAGCAUUAUUAGUGUUUGAAAAACUAAUUGAUUCUUCUAUAAAAUUAAAUAUCAUAAAGAUCCAUGAUUGGAGAUUGUGGUUCUUGUUUUAUUCUCUUUAGAAUUGAGGUGAAAAUAAUUGUAGUAUCAUUGAUCACUGUGAAUGAUAUACAAUACUUACAUUAUGUUAUGUCUAAACCUUUACAGAAGAAACAUCGUUACCAGUUCCGGAGACGGACAUUAAUAUUCUUGCCCCUUCGUUAUUGGUGACAGACGUACAGGAGCCAGAGCCGGCUGGGUAUUCACUUUAUAUCUUUCUAAUCAAUGUUGUUAGAACCUGAAGCCCUCCUAGUUCAUAGUACUAUACAUGUUGAAUUAUCUAUAAGUCCGACAUAUGUUUGCCUACUGCUGUCUACACAUUUCUUAGCAUGUGUAUCAGUCACAGAUUCAUUUUAUAAUGCUGUCUACAUGUUGCAUACUUGUGACAAGUAGCCAGAACUCCUUCUCUUUGCAGGACUCUGUGAAUUCUGCAGUCUGCCAGGCAGGGUGUGAAAGUACUUUGGAUGUCACACAGGAAUGCAGAACUCUAUACGGUGCAAAAACAUAGAAAUCUGCAACCCUAGUUAUAUGUAUUAUUGGGGUGUCCUUUAAAUAAUGCACUGUAUAUAGCAGCAUCAAUGUCUAAAAUAUAAUCAGUAUAUAGAUCUGAUAAUCUGCCAUAAUAUUUUAACGAUUAAACCAGAUAAACUAUUAUUGUCUUCCUUCUGAUAGCGAUAUUCCAAACUUUGAUAUGAAACCAAUUAGCCCACCGGAUGUGGAGUUUGACUCAGAGCCACCUCCUGCUCCAAGUCAAUCAUUUCUACACAGUGAUCAGAGUUGGUUUUCAUUCCAUAUUGAGAUCCCGGACAUACUGGCUCAGGUAAAGAUGUGCUGACUUUAUUUUGGUUGUUUUUAAUCCUUAAACUUAAGUGUAUACUCUGCGUAGAAUAACCAUUACAGCUUAGUGCAGUAGUCCUAGUGCAGAGAGUCUGUGGCUACUAACCCACUUUUUUGUCAAACCAUUUGGGAGCAUUUUGACACUGAACUUUGGCUAGCAUCCAGUGACUGCACCCCUCGCCACAGGGAUAAUGUGGAAUUUACAUUUUUGCGCUAUAAAUGUUAUGUCCAACCGGGACAGCUGUGGGGUUAUCCUGAAUUGUCAGCCAAUCAAUGCCAUCCAGGUUGCAUAAAAUUGGUAUUGAUACAAAAAUGUUAAUUGAUCACUAUCAGUAUGGCUGAAGAGGGGGGAAGUAUCCAGGUAUUUGGGAGAAUCUAAUUGGUUUGACAUUAAACCAUGGAUAGAACCAGGACACUCUAAUUAAUGUAACUACUACAGUGAGCUAUAAUGGUUAUGGUGCUUACAAUUUCCUUUUAAUCAUUAUUUUCUCACAUUCAUGGCUUCUCUCUCCACUCCCAGCAAACCUAGCUUCCUUUAGUUUUCUCUACCAUUUUAUUGCGUCUAACUUUCUUUUCUAGAAUUCUGGAGAUAUCUAUGAAUGUAGCAUUGAUAACAGAUACAUCAUGACACCAGAUGAAAUGAGUCACCCUAAUUGUUCCAGUCUGGAUAAUAUCGUUCCUGAAAAUUCUGAGAACCUACCACAUGACCACUUACCUGCUAUGUGGACUCAAGAUCAACUUCUUCUCAAAUUGCAGGACAUCCAGCAUUGCUCUAUGCUGGAGGAGGGACAAUCUGUAAAAGUAAGUUUAAGGUGGAAUUCCAGUUCUAGUUCGAUAUAACAGAUAUCUUAACAAAUGUAGGACAGCACAACACAAUCAAUGCCAUCAGGUUGUAUAAAAUUGGUAUUGAAGAGAAAUAGUAAUUCCUCACUAUUUUACAACAAACUAGAAAAGAAAAUGGCAGUCAUAUCUCCUAAGAUCAGGGAGCUAUUUCCUUAUCCGUAUAUUUAACAUGUGAUUGUGAGAUGUGAACAAUAACAUUAAACAUAGAAUUUCAGUCUUUUAUUCAGCGGCGCCAGUUCUGAGAAAUGACAAUAAAACCCAACAUUAAAGUGUCUGACUUUCUUUUCUAGGAUUCUGGAGAUUGCUAUGAAUGUAGCAUUGAUAACAGAUUCAUCAUGACACCAGAUGAAAUGAGUCACCCUAAUUGUUCCAGUCUGGAUAAUAGUGUUCCUGAACAUUCUGAGGACCUACCACAAGACCACUUACCUGCUAUGUUGAUCCAGGAUCAGCUUCUUCUCAAAUUGCAGGACAUCCAGCAACGCUCUGUGCAAUCUGUGAAAGUAAGUUUAAGGUGGAAUUUCAGUUCUAGUUCGAUAUAACAGAUGUCUUAACAAAUGCAGGACAGCACAACACAAUGAAUGCCAUCAGGUUGCAUAAAAUUGGUAUUGAUACAGAAUUGUUACUUCCUCACUAUCAGUAUGACUGAGGAGGGGGGCGGUAUCCGUGAACGUGGAAGAAUCGAAUUGGUUUGACAUUAAACCAGGGAUAGCACCAGGACACUCUAAUAGUAAUUAAUGUAACUACUACAACAAACUAGACUGGUUAUGGUGCUUACAGUUCCCUUUUAAUCAUUAUUUUCCCAAAUUCACUACUUCUCUCUCCAGUGGCGUACACACAACCCAUGGGGCCCUGGUGCAAAACUGACCCUGCCCCCACCACCACCCCACCCCACCCACCACCACCCCAUUCCCCCCACUGCCACCCCAUACAGACAUGCACAGAGAUACACACAUACGUACUGACACAUACAUUCACAUACAUAGACUAACAUGCAGACACACAGACACAUACGUAGACACACACACACACACACACACACACACAUACAUAGACACACAGAAACACACACACAGACACAUGCAUAGACAGACACAUACAUACAGAGACACACAUACACACACAGACUCAUACAUACAGUCACACACACAUACAUACAGACACAUACAGAGACACACAUACAAACAUACAUACAGACACAUACACAGAGACACACACACACGUGCAAAAUAUUUUAGUCACCCUCCUGUUACCUACCGUUUAGGUGCAGGUGGGUGACUUCCCUGGGGUCCAGUGGUCAGAUUGAUGGGAGUCAGAGUACCCACUCUGACUCCCUCUGCUUUCUUCAGCACGGCUCCUGGUGGUUGCUGGGAGGAGUGACUGCGGAAGUCACUUCCUCCCAGCAUCUGACAUCAUCAAAGUGGGCCCGGUCGCGCUGUUACCAGGCCCACUCUGAUGAUGAUAUUCAUUUCCAUCGGGUUUCCUUAACAGCAUGGGCCACCCAAUGGGCCCCUUCACCUGCGGCCCGGGUAAAUAUACUGCGCGGUCGGGGCCACAACACAUGGCAGCAGGCACGCGGUAUGUACGCAGCUGUCUCUCUCCACUCCCAGUAAACCUAGCUUCCUUUAGUUUUCUCUACAAUUUUAUUGUGUCUGACUUUCUUUUCUAGGAUUCUGGAGAUAGCUAUGACUGUAGCAUCGAUAACAGAUACAUCAUGACACCAGAUGAAAUGAGUCACCCUAAUUGUUCCAGUCUGGAUAAUAGCGUUCCUGAAAAUCCUGACAACCUACCACAUGAUCACUUACCUGCUAUGUGGAUUCAAGAUCAGCUUCUUCUCAAAUUGCAGGACAUCCAGCAUAGCUCUAUGCUGGAGGAGGGACAAUCUGUGAAAGUAAGUGUAUGACGGUAUUCCAGUUCUAGUUCGAAAUACCAGGUGUCUUAAUAAAUGUAGGACAGCACAUCACAAGCAAUGCUAUACAGGUUGUAUAAAAUUGGUAUUAUUACAGAAAUGGUAAUUACUCAUUAUUUUGUAACAAACAAUAAAAAAAUCCCAAAAUGGCAGUCAGAUAUCUCAUUGGAUCAAGAAGCUUUUUACUUAUCCAUAUAUUUAACAUGUGUUUGUGAGAUAUGAACAAUAAAAUUACAUGUAUAAAUUCACACCUCUUUAUCCUGUAACCGGACAUCUCCAUCUUAGCUCCCUGUCAAUCAUUGUUAAAAGCUUCACCCUUUGUAUCUGCAGUCAGCACAGAGAGAGCAUCCAGAGAGGAGGAGAAAGGAAACAAUGUUUCUAUAUCUCCUCUUCAUUUGCAUUGUGUGCCCUGGCUGUGCCAGAACAAAAAAAAAAAAAAGAAAACAGAGCAUCUCAUGAAAAAUGUUACAAUAUAGGUGAUUUUCAGUAGUUAUUUUAAAUGGCGCACUUUAGAGAGAAGUGACAAUAAAUCCAGACGUUAAUUGUGUCUGACUUUCUUUUCUAGGAUUCUGGAGAUAGCUAUGACUGUAGCAGUGAUAACAGAUUCAUCGUGACACCAGAUGAAAUGAGUCACCCUAAUUGUUCCAGUCUGGAUAAUAUCGUUCCUGAAAAUCCUGAGGACCUACCGCAAGAUCACUUACCUGCUAUGUGGAUUCAACAUCAGCUUCUUCUCAAAUUCCAGGACUUCCAGUAUCGCUCUGUGCAAUCUGUGAAAGUAAGUUUAAGGUGGAAUCACAGUUAUAGUUUGAUAUAACAGAUGUCUUAACAAACGUAGGACCACACAACACAAUCAAUGCCAUCAGGCUGUAUAAAAUUGGUAUGGAUAUAGCAAUGUUAAUUCCUCACUAUCAGUAUGGCAGAGGAGGGAGGAGGUAUCCAGGUACUUGGAAGAAUCUAAUUGGUUUGACAUUAAACCAGGGAUAGCACCAGGACACUCUAAUAGUAAUUAAUGUAACUACUACAGUAAGCUAUAAUGGUUAUCGUGCUUACAGUUCCCUUUUAAUCAUUAUUUUCCCAAAUUCACUACUUCUCUCUCCACUCCCAGCAAACCUAGCUUCCUUUAGUUUUCUUUACAAUUUUAUUGUGUCUGACUUUCUUUUCUAGAAUUCUGGAGAUAGCUAUGACUGUAGCAGUGAUAACAGAUACAUCAUGACACCAGCUGAAAUUAGUCACCCUAAUUGUUCUAGCCUGAAUAAUAGCGUUCCUGAAAAUUUUGAGGACCUACCACAUGACCACUUACCUGCUAUGUGGAUUCAGGAUCAGCUUCUCAGAAUGCAGGACUUCCAGUAUCGCUCUGUGCAAUCUGUGAAAGUAAGUUUAAGGUGGAAUUCCAGUUCUAGUUCUAUAUAACAGAUAUCUUAAAAAAUGUAGGACAGCACAACACAAUCAAUGCUAUCAGGUUGUAUAAAAUUGAUAUUGAUACAGAAAUGGUAAUUCCUUGGUAUCAGUAUGACUGAGGAGGGGGAAAAAAUCCAGGUAUUUGGAAGAAUCUAAUUGGUUAAACAUUAAACCAGAGAGAACGGCAGGACACUCUAGUCACUAUAACCACUACAGCAAGCUAAAAUGGUUAUGGUGCUUACAGUUCCCUUUUAAUCAUUAUUUUCCCACAUUCACUGCUUCUCUCUUCACUCUCAGCAAACCUAGCAUCCUUUUCACUACCCCGUGCUUCCUUUCCUUUAUUGAUCAAUAUGUUUCAGACUCAAUCGUACAAACCCCCAACACCGUGGGUGAGCUUUCUAGUUGAGAAUAUGGCUGCUAUCCCUUUAUAAAAGGAGAGCGGUUUAUGGCCUUCACAGUUUGCUCCAUACAUAGUUUCUGCUGCCUUGUCAAAUUAAAAUAAACACACAUUUUAAAAAAAUGAAAAGAAUCAUAUAAAAAUGAUAGAAAGUAUGAAAUGUAUACGAUAAUUUGCAUUUCUUGAUCAAUUGAGUUGCUGAAUUCUGGGUUUAGUAAAUAAAUCAGAGCGUUUGAUGGUUUAUCAAAGGGUAACAAUCACUUCCCAGGACGUUUAAUAUUAUAUUUACUUAUCCCUAAAUUCAACGACUAUCUGUUUGUAAGAUGUGAACGAUAAAAUUAAACAUAGAAAUCCACACCUCUUUAUACUGUAACUGGUUAAAAAAAAGCUCCGCCCUUUGCAUCUGACCGUCAGCACAGAGCGAUCAUACAGAAAGGAGGAGAAAUGAAACAAUGUUUCUAUAUGUCCUCUUCAUUUGCAUUGUGUGCCCUGGCUGUGCCAGAACUAAACAAAAAGAAAACAGAACAUCUCAUGAGAAACUGUUAACAUGUAUGUGAUUUUCAAUUUUUUAUUCAAUGACGCACUUUCCAGAGAAGUGACGAUAAAACCCUUUUAUCGUGUCUGACUUUCUUUUCUAGGAUUCUGGCGGUAGCUAUGGAUGUAGCAUUGAUAGCAGAUUCAUCAUGACACCAGAUGAAAUGAGUGAACCUAAUUGUUCCAGUCUGGAUAAUAGUGUUUCUGAAAAUUCUGAAGACCUAUCACAUGACUACUUACCUGCUGUGUGUACUCAGGGUCGGCCUACUCUCAGAAUGCAAGACUUCCAGCUUUGCUCUGUGCUGGGUAAAGGGCAAUUUGGGAAAGUAAGUUUAUGGUGGAAUUCGAGUUCUAGUUCGAUAUAACAGAUGUCUUAAAUUCAGGAUAGCACAACACUGUAUUCUUUAAUUUCAGGUUCUGCUGGCCGAGCACAAGGAAACAACCAACAUGUAUGCCCUGAAAUUCAUAAAAAAAGUAAACUUAGAAUCACCACAUCAGUUCAACAAGUCAGUGAAUGCAGUAAUAAAUAUCUUGUGUUUGUGAAGAGGACCAAGUCCUGUUUCUGUGGGGGGUUUUUUCAUUUGAUUUUAGAGUCGAAGAAAAUAAACUUUUAUUUUCCUUUCCAGCCUUCUUAGUGAAAAGCGGAUAUUCCAGACAGUGAGCAAUAGGCGGCACCCAUUCCUUAUGAACUUGUUUGGGUGUUUCCACACCCGAGAUCACGCCUGCUUUGUUAUGGAGUAUGCAGCAGGGGGCGACCUUCUUACAUGCCUUGAUAACAACCAUGGCCCAUUUCCAGAACCCAGAGCAGUGUGAGUAUAAGCAGCAUUCUGUCCAUUUAUCGAUAUCUCAUCCAAUGUUCUACAGAUGGUGGCUUGAGCUGGGCUACACCUUCCAUAACAUCUUGUCAGAUUAUGAAUUAAUUCUGGGAUAUCACACUUUGUUUAAAUUCUGUGUUUAUUUAGUUUAGAAUGACUUUAAACUGUAUAACUUUAUAUCCUAUGAGCUGCUGUAUAUAUCUUUACCAUUAUGUGUCAAUGCUGGAUCAGAGCAGUUACUUCUGACCACAUACACCGCUGUCUGCACCAACUAUGUCUAAUGACUCUGCAAGUAUCGGCAUUGGUGAAUUGAACCCGCUGUAAGUGAUAAACGACCAAUCACCAUUGUAUCAGCUCAUACAUAACACACUAGCAGUGAAAGACAUGAGGAAACCUGGGAAUUAAUGUACUCUGUCAGAAUACAGAGUUGGAUAUAUGGAAUAAAACCAUUUAAUCGUGCAAACACUGUAUCUUCUAGAAAGCCAUUCAUUUAUUUAUUUUUCCCCAGAUUUUAUUCUGCAUGUGUCGUCCUUGGACUUGAGUAUUUACACGAACAAAACAUCGUCCACAGGUAAGCCUAUAAAAAAACAAAACUACACGUUAUUUAAGUGUUAUUUAUGGCACACAGUCUGUCUAACCCAGUUUAAUUAUCUAGAUUAAGUUAUUAAUUUUAACCAAUUAAAAACCCUGAACAAUGAGAGCUAUUCUAAGUGCUUCUAGUGUUAUGUAAAAUGAAUAAAACUUCCUUUUCUACAUUUUAAUCUAGAGAUCUGAAGCUUGAAAACAUUGUUCUGGAUGAGAGAGGAUUUGCGAAGAUAACUGACUAUGGUCUCUCUAAAGAAGGUAAAUAGAAUGCUCUAAUAUAAUUUUAGAUACAAAAAGGUCACACCUACUAAGUUCAAAUCAGUUAUCUUUCAUUUAAAAAGCCACUUAACAUAUAAUAGGAUGUCUAUAAAAGGUAUGCUUGAUUCCAAAACUGACAUAAAGGAACUUUAUAACAUUAAAAAUAAGAGCAUUUAUUUUAAAUGUAAAUUAUUCCUAAGUGGGCCUCCCGUUUCUUUUCCAGCAAUUUUUUAUGAAUGGGCAGUGACUGAUUGCUGAGAGCGUCAGCUGACCGCUCCCAGACAAUCAGCAGUCCCCCUGCCCAGUGGCACUCCGUGCUUCUUAAAACUGUAAUUUCAGAAGCCAGAUGCCGCCUGAGGGAAGUAGUGAUUGGAGAUGGAGGCUCACUUUGAGAUUAAACAGUUCAAGAACGGUUUGACCACUUGAGAUAGGCGUGCGCCCUGGAGGCCUCCUGGCACCAUAACAACUUCAAUUACGUUUUUAUGGUGCCCGGAGUGUAAGUGUAUAAAGUACUUCUGUUUUUUUUUUUUUUUAUCAAACUAAAUUUAAGUAUUUUCCUGAUAGUCAGACCCAGCCACGGUGCUGCCACUGCGAUAAUUGAAAUUUUCGGAUGGAAAUGAUAUGAGAAGUUGCGGCAGCAACAAACUUAAAGAAAGUCAUAUCCAAAUGUAAAUUGCUAAAAUUGAACAUCUAUCCUCAACUUAUAUACAAUUCUAUUUUCACUAUUUCUGAGGAAUUGGAUACGGAGACAGAACAAACAGCAUUUGUGGAACUCCUAAUUAUCUGGCUCCUGAAAUGGCCAAGCGCAAGACAUAUACAAGAUCUGUGGACUGGUGGAGCUUCGGAGUGGUUAUUUAUGUAAUGUUAACUGGAAACGUAAGAACAAUCUUUCAUUAAGAAUUUACAGUCAGAUUUCUGUUUAGAAAAUAUAAAGAGAUUCUGCCAAGUAUUUGCUUUUAACAUGACAACAAUCUUUAUUAAAAAGUUGCUCUAUUUAUUUUUGGUUUUGUUUUAUUACUUUUUGUUGGCCUCCCCUCUUCCAAUAAUUCCUCUCUCUCCAACAUUCACACCCACAUUUGUAUACAAACGUAUCUCACCCCAAAACAGACACCCCCAAUUAAUUAACUCCUCCCUUCCAAACACAGACCCCACAUUCCCUGACUGUUAUUUUUGCACUCGUUUACCUGUCAUUUUCCUUCAACUAUUAUAUUACAACAUUUCUUUACAAUGAACCCAUCCUUAUCCAAAUCACAUCUCAAAUUAACCCCUCCCCAUAAUAGAUCCAGACAGCUUCAAUACCCUGUAAUUAACCCCUGACCCUUGGUUCCCAAAUCUAAAUCUUUUACCAAUGAAUUAUCUCCAUCUUCUGCUCUGCCCCUGGUCCAGUUACUUAGUACUCCGGUGGCUGACAAUGUGUGCGUACAUCGUGUGUAACCCUCUGUAUACCACUUCUUUGUGAAUACCUAUACGGUCAGAGGAUGUUUAGUAGUAGACUCUAAUAAACAUCCCACCUACUAACUUGCUUAAAUGUUUUGUAUUUAACUUUUUUUGUCUCCUGACAAAAAGAAAAAAGCCAUUGUAACCCAAUGUUACUGUACAAAAUAAAACAAAUAAUACUAGAUGACAAUUUAAAAAGUAAAUAAAUAAAAACACCAGGAGAAAAUUAAUUAUACAAUAGACCAUGGGUGCCAAAAAGGUAGAUCUUCCAUGAUGCUUUUUCAUUGUAAAGGUAUGCAAAGCAUCAUGGGAGUUGUUGUUAGAGAGCAUCUGGGGAUCUACCUUCUAGGCACCCCCUGAUAUAGACCUUCCAGUCCUUUAUCUCAGAGCUCAAAAACUGAUAUUCCCUGCGGUCUUGAAAAUCGCUCAGCGUUUUGAAAAUUCCAGCCAAUCACAGUGCAUCUCCGGACACGUUUCACUCCCCUGCGGUACGCCUGAUGAUGUAUUUCACGACAGUGUUCAGUUAUCUUUCACAUAUUAUAUACACUCGCACACACAUGGUUGUUGAGUUGUGAUAUACACAUUGUGUCAUCUGUACUACGAAGAUUAUAAAACCCUAUUAAUUUAUUGCUCAGCUUUCAGCUACUACAAUUUACAACUUAUUCAAACCUUAACUGAGGUUUUUUUAAAUGUAAUUUUUCUCUAGUUACCCUUCGAAGGCCGUGAUGUUGAGACACUUUAUGCUAAAAUUGCCAAAUGUAAACUAAAAAUUCCAGAGUCAUUGUCUAGUGAAGCCACUUCAAUACUGAGUAAGGUAAGUUGUCACGCAAAUUUAAUAUAUCAUACAACCCAUGCUGAAAACAUGCAUUCGCCAUCGAUGAGUGGAGAUUCAGACCUAACAAGCUGCCCUGAGAUAGGGGAAUUCUGUAGAAUGGGCAGUAAAGAAUGGAGGUCCGGCUGACCUUUGGGAGAGGAAGUGUAUCAGUUUUUUUAUUUGAUGUUUAUACAAUAGUUCUCUUAUUGGUCAUGCAAAUUUUCAAUGCUAUAUAUUCACCUUGAAUUGGAUGUAGCUAGCUGUUUGUGUUAAUGCUGGUAAAGAAACAUUCAUUAUUACAGAGUAUUAAAACAAAACCCGAAAUAUCUGCUCACUUAUUCUAUGACAUCCAUAAAUGAUGCAAUAUUACAUCUAACACUCAUUCUCUAUAGUUAUGUGACUCACAGCGCCCACUAGUGGCUUGUAUAAAAACAUAGUAGCAGUUACAAACCGUGUACAAACACCACCACGAUUUAUCCUGGCGUAAAACAUUGCAUUGCCAGCAUCCCUCUCAACAGUGAGAUUACUACCCACUAUAUAUUUAUUUAUAAUUAACCCCUUAAGGACGGAGCCAAAUGUACACAUUGUGAACAAAACAAAAUGUAAACAAAACCUGGCAUUUGCGCUACAUGUCUGUCCAACCGUAAUACACCUCUUUCAUAGUAAAUGCACCCACCCUUAUUAUAUAUCAUUUUAUUCAGGGGAAACAGGGCUUUCAUUUAAUAUCAAAUAUUUAGCUAUGAAACAUAAUUUAAUAUGAAAAAAUGGGAGAAAAUAAAUUUUUUUUGGAUUUUUUUAGUUCUACAUGACAUUUUAACGGUCAAUGUCAUAAUACUGUUUGCUUUUACUGCAAUAAAAUACACAUAUUUAUAUUCAGUAAAGUCUCACGUGUAAGACAGUACCCCCUAUAUACAGGUUUUAUGGCGUUUUGGGAAGUUAUAGGAUCAAAUAUAGCACGUUACAUUUGAAAUUGAAAUUUGCCAGAUUGGUUACGUUGCCUUUGAGACUGUAUAGUAGCCCGGGAAUGAAAUUUACACCCAUAAUGGUAUACCAUUUGCAAUAGUAGACAACCCAAGGUAUUGCAAAUGGGGUAUGUCCAGUCUUUUUUAGUAGCCAUUUGGUCACAAACACUGGCCAAAGUUAGCGUUAGUAUUUGUUUGUGUGUGAAAAAUGCAAAAAACGCCAAUUUUGGCCAGUGUUUGUGGCUAAGUGGCUACUAAAAAAGACUGGACAUACCCUGUUUGCAAUACCUUGGGUUGUCUACUAUUGCAAAUGGUAUGCCAUCAUAGGGGUAAUUUUCAUUCUUGGGCUACCAUAGGGUCUCAAAGGCAACGUAACCAAUCUGGCGAAUUUUAAUGUGAAAAAAAUGAAACGCAAGCCUUAUAUUUGACGCUGUAACUUUUGAAAACACCAUAAAACCUGUACAUGAGGGGUACUGUUGUACUCGGGAGACUUCGCUGAACACAAAUAUUUGUGUUUCAAAACAGUAAAAAGUAUCACAGCAAUAAUAUUGUCCGUGUAAUGCUGUUUGUGCGUGAAAAAUGCAAAAAACGUCACUUUUACUGGCGAUAUCAUCGUUGUAAUACAUUUUACUGUUUUGAAACACUAAUAUUUGUGUUCAGCGAAGUCUCCCGAGUAGAACAGUACCCCCCAUGUACAGGUUUUAUGGUGUCUGGAAAGUUAUAGGGUUAAAUAUAGUGCUAGCAAAUUAAAUUCCCUUUACUUUCGGCAUUGGUUGUCAGGCAGGUCCUGCUAAUUGUAAUUAAUUAAGAUACCUAAUUAUGUAAAAAUAUUACAUAAAUAUAUAUGUAGAAUUAAUAUAUGUAUAUAUAUACGUAUGUGUAUAUAUAUGUAUAUAUCUAUAUAAUUUUUAAAAAAUAUUUUUAUUUAUAUAUAGGUAUAUAUAUAGUGAUAUAUAUGUAUAUAUUUAUGUAUAUAGAUAUAUAUAUUAUUUCGUUCUACGUGUAUUUUGAUAUAUAUAUAUAUAUAUAUAUAUAUUAAUUUCACAAAACAGUUAGAACGAAAUAACACACAUCUAUAUAUUUUUUAAUUAUUUAUUUUUAAUUAUUUUUUAAUUUUAUUUUUUAACGUAUUUACAUUUUUAUUUUUUUUAUAUUAUAUAUAAAUAUAUAUAUAACAAUAAAUUAUAUAUAUAUUUAAUCAGUAUCAGUCUACGUGUAAUUUGAUAUUAAUAUAUAUAUAUAAUUAUAUAUAUAUUAAUAGUAAAAUACACCUAGACGGUGUACGUGUGUGUAUGUAUAUGUGUAUAUAUAUAUAUACUUAGAUCAUAUAUAUAUAAUAUAUGCAUAUGAUCUAAGUAUAUAUUAUUUUUUUUUUACACCAAUAAAUUUAAUUUUAAUUUUAUUUCCAGCCAGCAGGGGGACCACCUGUCAUUACAGGCAGCCCCCCUGCUGGCAAUGCAGGAGGCAGCCUACUCGGCCAUGUGAUUGUGGGGUCCUCGCUAGGACCCCACUCUCACAUGGCCGGGGAGCACCGGAGGAGAAGGAUCUGCCGCGGGGGGGCUCCCUGGGAGUCCCCCCCACCGCGAUCGCCGGCGUGGGACCGCCGGCGACAGGGUAAGUUAACAAAAACCGGAAGGCGUACAAUUACGCCCGGCGGCGUUUAGAGCCGCCUAUAAUAGGGCGUAAUUGUACGUCCUCCGGUUUUAAGGGGUUAAUAGCGAUAAUACACAUUUUUCCUUUACCUUUGUUCUGUCCCUUUGAGUAUAACGCUGAAGAAGUAAAUACGAAAACACAAAAAUAAUGCAUUUCACAUGAACAGUACUGAGCAUUGAACAUCUCAAAAUACACUCAGGGCUGGUGCAAGGGUUCUUGGCUACACAGGCAAAAAUCCAUUUAGCGCCCCCCUUCACACUCUUCUCCCCCUGUUGUGCAGUUCUCACACAGAUAUCUCGUACCUUGGACGGAGCCGCACACCCACAGGACCUCCAACAGGGCCCGACUUACUGUUAAUGUUCCUGAUGUUUAGCAUUAAAAUUAACAAACCUAUUUUACAAAAUUCCUUUUACAGUUACUGACUAAAAAACAUGAGAAACGUCUAGGAUCCAGUGAGAAAGACGCACAGGAAGUGAAGGACCAUCCUUAUUUUCAAGUACGUACAUAUGUUUUUUUGUUUUGUGUUUUUUACUGUGGUUUUGUCACUAAAUAUUUGUGUGAUUUUAGGAAAAAUAAAAUCUUUGUAAUAUACUGAAAUUCUAACACAGCCAAAAGAGAACAUAAGAAAACUAGAGAAUUCUAUUGGGAUCUAAACAAAAUGUGGCUUUUUGGGCAUAUUAGCUGUUAUCUUGUAUUUUAUAUAGUCUUGGUUUGUACAUGAUGCUCAUUAUUUUACAAAUUCCUUUCCAGCAUAUAGAUUGGAACGCAUUAUUAUUACAAAAUGUGACACCUCCAUUUGUGCCAACCAUUAACGGAGCCGAAGAUGUCAGCAACUUUGAUGCGAUAUUCACCUCGGAAGCGCCUAUUAUAACUCCACCAGCAAGACGAAGAGUUCCACCGUUAAUGGAGAAGAAGACAUUUGAGGAUUUUUGUUGGAGGGCAGAUUGGAGUUAA